UAGGCAUGUUGUUCUGAAAGGAAGGACUUUAUAUACGAUGUUCUCAAAGUCUUUCGGACAUCCGUUUCCUCUGCUCUAGUUGUAUUGUUUGCGCCCUCUAGUUGCCUCUUUUGGUCACUCCGCGCCAGGUUAGCGUCGGGGGACUUACGUUUAACGCGAAUAUGCUCUUAGCGCAUGUUCUCUCGUGGUUUCGUUGCAGGUCUUGUGGACUUGCCUCCUAUGGACGUGCCUCUACGGCUAUCCCUCUACGGCCCAUCCUCAUCCACUUCCGGCUGUCCUUCCACGGCUUUCCUCACUCGGACCACUUUACCGGUCUCACCCUUAUCCUACCACCUCCUCGGAAAGUGAGGGGUUGUCCCGCAGGGCCUACACCCUCCCUGUCCGCGCUUGCAUCACUCAACAAACAACAACAGGCCCAAGCCAUCCUUGCUGAGUCCCCCAAAGCACUGGGCGCUGCUCGCAUACCAUGCCUUGGCCAUUAACAAAAACUCUAAGCUCAACGGCUGGGUUAUUGCACCUUGCAACCAGGGAUUCCUCGUCGCGCUCAUGAAGGCCCUGGGUAUUGACGCGGAGGCGCUCCAUGCAACCAUGACUGACAAGGAGCGAAGUUCCCUAGUCCAGCGCUUUACUCAAACAAACACAUGCUCACUACUGAUCAUGAGCCACAUGCUCUCCGCCGAGGGCCUCAAUCUGGAGAACAAUUGCUGCGUUUACCUCAUUCUCACCCCCGGCUUCUCAUGGACUUGGGAACUACAAUAAUUAUUCCGAAUCAGGAGACUGCUACAAAUCAGACCCCAGUUCUGCAUAAUCAUC